GUUUCUGUAAUUCUUCUAAGUAUCUGUGUGUUUCCGCAUAUAAGCAAUGGCCGUGUGUUUCCCUUGAAACUAAGGGAAACUACCUAUUGUAGUGUUGGGUUAUCUGGACAUUCGACUGCUAUCUACCGUGAAAACACAAGACACAAUAUCUAAAUGAGUAAGACAAGAUUUAAAAUAUUUUACAAAUUAAAAAGAAUAACAAAGUAGAUAAUAAAAUUCUACUGUCACCUUGGCCUUGAUAUCAAUGAGACUGUAAAAUUAAGUACAGUAAUAAUUGGGUGAAUUUGACGCCAUUUAAGUGGAAAAAUAAACUUUCUACAAGCUCCUAGGAUAAAAUUCUUAAAUUUAACCCAUUAACACGUAUGCUUAAUUAUUAUGUUGUUUACUUGUUGAGUAUAUUAAGUUUGUUCAUUGUAUCAAAAAAAUUAAGUUUGUUCGAGUAUAAGAAUUUCUUCGUAGUUUAUUGAUUGAAUCCCCUCAAAGAUUGCAUUAUAACUUUAAAUUUUCUACGACCAAGUCAUAAAUCAUAACCGUAGGAGAGCUAUGAAGCUGUUACACACACACACCCAUUAGUCUGUGUCACUAUAUGGGUGUUCACACUGCUUAUUCUGUAUAUGGAAUGCCACUCAUCUUCCUUUCUUGCAUCUCAAGAAGAAUAUCACACAAAGAAGAAAAAGUUUAUCUUGAAUCACAACUAUCUAACACGGUCUCUCUGCAGGUACAUGAAGGUACUGUUAAUUUUCAACACGUAAAUGCGUCAGCUAGAAAAGAAAAUAUGCUUCUUAGGAAACAUAUUUUACCCACUUUGCACUACACUUCACCCUCUAACUUACACUAGUAUUUGGAAUCAAAUCCUUUUAACAGUUAAACACUGUUUUUGAUCAGGUCCAAGAGCAGGUAAACCAGAACCACUACACAUUGCAUCAUAGGUGGGGGGGCUAGGACAGAACAUGUUGAUAAAGUCAUAAGUUUACUUGACACAUUAGGUGACUUGUUGAAGCUAGUAGUGAGUAGUUUGAUCCUUUAGCAGUAUAUAUAUCAAACAAUCCAAUUCAAUAGAACACACAAAAAUAUAAUCAUCAAACAAAUCUCUUGUUGUCACUUGUUUUUGUCACCAUGUCUUUCAACAAAGUCAUUCUGCUUGUAACAGCUUUUCUCUCGGUUACACUUUCUCAAGCUCACCCUGCAGGCUUCAACUUUGGAUGGGGUGGUUAUCAUGGUGGAAGAACUAGAGGAAUGUCUUUUGGUCUUUCUCCUCAAUUCUAUCAGUUUUCAUGCCCUCAAGCUAAUGACAUUGUAAUGUCAGUCUUGGAGAAGGCCAUUGCUAAGGAUAUCAGAAUAGCAGCUUCUCUUCUUCGACUUCACUUCCACGACUGUUUCGUCCAGGGUUGCGACGCGUCAAUUUUGUUGGAUGAUAGUGCGACAAUAGUCAGUGAAAAAAAUGGUGGACCUAACAAAAAUUCUGUCCGAGGUUAUGAUGUGAUUGAUGAGAUCAAAUCUAAGUUGGAACAAGCAUGUCCUCGGACAGUCUCGUGUGCAGACAUUGUUGCCCUUGCUGCUAGAGGAUCCACUGUUCUUAGUGGAGGACCCAAUUGGGAGCUACCAUUGGGACGGAGAGACUCAAAAACUGCAAGCCUAAGGGGCUCGAACAAAAACAUUCCCCCACCAAAUGCCACCAUUGAAGGUCUCUUAACAUUUUUCAAGCGUCAAGGUCUUGAUGAAGUAGACCUUGUUGCCCUCUCAGGAGCACAUACAAUUGGUGUAGCAAGAUGUGCAACAUUCAAGCAAAGAUUAUACAACCAAAAUGGAAACAACCAACCAGAUGAGAAUCUAGAAAAAACAUUUUACUUUGGUUUGAAAACAAUGUGUCCAAAAUCAGGUGGUGACAACAUAAUUUCUCCCUUGGACUUUGGUUCCCCAAGAAUGUUUGAUAAUACCUAUUACAAACUCUUACUUAGAGGAAAAGGAUUGCUUAAUUCAGAUGAAGUGCUUCUCACAGGGAAUGUUAAGGAAACUCAUGAAUUGGUGAAGAAAUAUGCACAAGAUGAGAGUCUCUUCUUUGAGCAAUUUGCCUUGUCUAUGAUCAAGUUGGGAAAUCUUCGUCCUCUCACUGGAUUUAACGGUGAAGUUAGAAAGAAUUGUCGUCGAGUUAAUUAAGAAGCAUGAUCAUAUGUUAUUAUAAUUAAGAGUGAUUUUGAGUCACAAAAGUAAUAAUUAAGAAUCAUUCAGUGUUAUGUUUUGUGUUUUUUAUUUAUUAAUGAUAAUAACAUGGUACGUACUAUAUGAAAUGAAGCACCACUAUAUGUUUUGCCUUUCUUUUUCUUUUUAAAAUGUAGAAGGAGGGAAGAAUUUAGAUGUAGUAGGCUAUGGUAGUUAUGAGGGUUUGAAUUGUGUUGCAUAUAUUCUAUAUAAAGUUUGGUGUUGAAAA